GCAGACAGAAGUUGUGUCAGUGAACAGAGAGGGCUCUCAGUCCGGGGCGAGCGCUCUAGUGAGCGUGGACGGAUGCUUAGGCAGUAGUCCUGGCAGCGGCGGCAGCAGCAGGCAGUAGUGGUGGCAGAAGAGGGGAAGAGGGACGGCCCCGAGACCUACACACACUCACACUUUCAAGUUCUCUUGAAGGGAGAGGAGUUGGAGCUGCAGAAAGAGGAGGCCAGGAGCGGUCCCAUCUAUCCCAUUCCAUCUGCCCCUCUUCCUCUUGCUCCCUGGCUCUGUGAGAGUUCAGGAUUUGGGUAGCCAUACGUGGCAGCGAGGGCAAAGGGGCCGGGAGAGUGGGGACCAGAACCAAAGGUGUAGUGGAAGAUGCCCAUCCUGCUGUUCCUCAUAGAUACGUCCGCCUCCAUGAACCAGCGCACUGACCUGGGCACCUCCUAUUUGGACAUUGCCAAAGGCGCUGUGGAGUUAUUCUUGAAGCUGCGAGCCCGGGACCCGGCCAGCCGCGGAGACAGGUACAUGCUGGUCACCUACGAUGAGCCUCCGUACUGCAUCAAGGCUGGUUGGAAGGAAAAUCACGCCACAUUCAUGAGUGAACUGAAAAAUCUUCAGGCUUCUGGACUGACUACUCUUGGUCAGGCUCUAAGAUCCUCAUUUGAUUUGUUAAAUCUCAAUCGAUUAAUAUCUGGAAUAGACAAUUAUGGACAGGGGAGAAAUCCGUUUUUUUUAGAGCCGUCUAUUUUAAUUACCAUCACAGAUGGAAACAAGUUAACAAGUACUGCUAGCGUUCAAGAAGAGCUUCAUCUUCCUUUGAAUUCUCCUCUGCCUGGAAGUGAACUAACCAAAGAACCUUUUCGUUGGGAUCAAAGGUUAUUUGCCCUGGUGUUGCGUUUGCCUGGAGUGGCUUCUACCGAACCAGAGCAACUAGGGAGUGUACCAACUGAUGAAUCGGCCAUCACACAGAUGUGUGAAGUCACAGGAGGUCGCUCCUACUGUGUAAGAACACAAAGAAUGUUGAAUCAGUGUUUAGAAUCACUAGUUCAAAAAGUGCAGAGUGGUGUAGUUAUUAAUUUUGAAAAAACAGGACCAGAUCCGCUUCCUGUUGGAGAAGAUGGACUGAUGGAUUUGUGUAGGCCCAGCAACUCAUUUGCUGCUCAACCAUGGCAUAGCUGUCAUAAACUCAUCUAUGUGCGACCUAAUUCUAAAACUGGUGUUCCUGUUGGACAUUGGCCCAUUCCAGAAUCGUUUUGGCCAGAACAGAAUUUAUCUUCACUACCUCCACGAACAUCUCAUCCUGUUGUGAGGUUUUCCUGUGUCGAUUGUGAACCAAUGGUUAUAGAUAAACUGCCCUUUGACAAAUAUGAACUGGAACCCUCUCCCUUAACUCAGUACAUCUUGGAAAGAAAGUCUCCUCAUACUUGCUGGCAGGUGUUUGUUACCAGCAGUGGGAAAUACAAUGAGCUCGGAUAUCCAUUUGGUUAUUUAAAAGCUAGUACGACUUUAACUUGUGUAAACCUCUUUGUGAUGCCUUACAACUACCCAGUUUUACUUCCUCUUUUAGAUGACUUGUUUAAAGUUCACAAGCUUAAGCCAAAUCUGAAGUGGCGACAGGCUUUUGACAGCUACUUAAAAACUCUGCCUCCCUACUACUUAAUACCAUUAAAGAAAGCACUAAGGAUGAUGGGAGCUCCAAAUCUGAUAUCAGAUAAUUUAGAUUGUGGACUUAGUUACAGUGUUAUCUCUUACCUUAAAAAACUCAGCCAACAGACCAAACUAGAGUCAGAGAGAAUGCUAGCAUCCGUGGGGAAGAAACCCCCGCAGGAGAUGGGUAUCAAAGUGAAAAAUCAUUCUGGAGGUGGCCUGGCCCUGGCUCACAAUAAAAACUUUAGGAAACUGUUGAAAGAAGUCAUAGGGGAAAGUGCACCGAGACUGACAGAACUGAAUACCAAAGAAUUUGCUGGCUUCCAAGUAGGGCUCUUCAACAAGGAUUUGAAACCUCAGACAUAUAGAAAUGCUUAUGAUAUUCCACGUAGAGGACUUUUAGACCAGUUGACCAGGAUGAGAUCCAAUCUACUGAAAACACGGGAGUUUAUUGUUGGACAAGAUGAAGAUUCACUUCAUAGUGUUCCAGUUGCACAAAUGGGCAACUAUCAGGAAUAUCUAAAGAUGCUGGCUUCUCCGCUACGAGAGAUUGAUCCAGAUCAACCAAAAAGACUGCAUACUUUCGGCAAUCCAUUUAAGCAAGAUAAGAAGGGAAUGAUGAUUGAUGAAGCAGAUGAGUUUAUAGUAGGGCCACAAAACAAACUGAAACGUUCUGGAGAACCCAGCAGUCCUAUGUCAUCUAAGAGAAGGCGGAGUAUGUCCCUGCUGUCGAGGAAAGCACAAACACCACCUCCUGUAACUAACCAUGUGGGCGCAAAGGGACCGCCCUCAGCCGCGUGGUUCCCACCUUGUCCAAACCUCACAAAACCCACCCUUGUACAUCCAGAUGUCCCUGUCAUUCAUGAUGUCCAUGAAGAGAAGAUGGAAAAUGGGCAAAGCCCAGCCGAUGGCUUCUUAUUAAAAUCUGCUCCGGCAGAGUUUAUGAAUGUGGCAGGAGACGGCCUUAUAUCCAACCAAUUGGAUUCUCUGUCUGAUGACUUUACUAGUCUCAGGAAAGAUGGACUCAUUCACAAACCUAGUAAUAAUAUACUUAUAGGAGCAGCCAAAAGCUGCAGUCUUUCUGUAGAUGACAGAAAAAUCCCAGUGGCAUCUGCUUUGGACACUGUGCCAAAUUCGAUGCAAAUCACUCCUGCGAUGGCACAAGGCAUCAAUGCUGACAUAAAGCAUCAGUUGAUGAAGGAAGUUCGAAAGUUUGGACGAAAGUAUGAAAGGAUUUUCGUUUUGCUUGAAGAAGUGCAGGGACCUCUGGAGCUGAAGAAACAGUUUGUUGAGUUCACCAUCAAGGAAGCUGCAAGGUUUAAAAGAAGAGUCUUAAUUCAGUAUCUUGAGAAGGUACUAGAAAAAAUAGAUUCCCAUCACCUUCUUAACAAUGUGAAUCAUAUCAACAGCAGAUCAUCAUGUUAAUACCAAGACAAGUGAGGAAAAAGAAGAGCUUUUCUGUGCUGGAGGAUGGAAUGGAACCUUGCUGAAGCCCUCUAGAAUGUUUGAGUGAAGGGAAUGACCUAACUCAGGCUAAGAAAAGGCUUGACUAGAGCUUUUAACGAUUAUCUGGAAGUAAAAUCUGGGCUUUCGCCUUAAGAGUUAUAAUUAAAAGUAUUUUUUUAUUUCGUUGUUUAUUUUUCCAAUUAGGAAAAGUGAUGUUAAAUCCAAACACUGCUGCUCCUCCCACAGCUAAUAGAGUUCACUCAUUUGAGCGUUACCAUUCCAGAUGUUUUCAGAGUGGGC